AUGGAGACCGCCUCUGCUCCCCAGCAUCAGCAGAAUCUCUUCUACCAUGAUCCACGCCAAUUCCAUCCUCCACCUACCCAAGUCAUGAGUCCACCUGUCGCUCCAGCUCGAACCGAUCAGCCCUACCCGCCUGGCGCUGUCAAGCUUGAACCAGGUAUGCAAGCAGGCCCAUCCUCCUAUCCUGUUCGCGGACCGCAGCCGCCGCCUGUCUCGUAUCGCGAGGCUGCAUACGCUGAAGGACGUCCCUUCGCGUAUGCAUCACAACCUCAACCCGAAGCGCCUCUGCCCUACGCCGAAUCCUCCAUCGCAGCACCACCAGGCUUCGCAUCACAGGCCAGUUUCCUGCCGUACCCACCACCACAUCUGGCCAGCUCGUCGGCCAACCCCAUUACUGGCCCAUCCAACGGCUAUCCGGCUCCAGAAGAUGUCAAGAGCUCGCAGAACCCAAGCCCUCGCAAUAAACGUCCGCGCAAGGACUCGCCGCCAUCUCACGACACUGCAGCUGCUGAUGCAUCCAAGCCACAAGCAGACCGAUCACCCGAUGACGCAAACGGAGACAAGGAUGGCAGCGGCAAUGUGACCAUGUUCCAGUGCAGAGGGUUCGGUGACUGCCGCAUGGUCUUCACCCGAAGCGAACAUCUUGCUCGUCACGUCCGCAAGCACACAGGCGAACGUCCCUUCCGAUGCCAUUGCGGCAAGGCGUUCUCGCGCCUCGACAAUCUUCGUCAGCAUGCUCAGACGGUUCACGCGGACAUGCCCGAGCGCAACGAGAUGAUGAUGCAGGAGCUUUCGUCGCUGCAUGCCUCGCUCGCUCAGUCGGCCGCACAAGCUCAACAUGCUCAUGCGCAGGUGCUCGGCAAAAGCAGCUCACCGGGCGCCUUGAUCGCCAGUCACAAUCACACUGCUCGAAGGGGCAAAGGCUCUGGCAAGACGAGCGCAGCUACCAGGACAGGUCGCAAUCCCAGCACCGACGGUUUCGGAUCGCCGCCUCUUCUUAGUCACAAUGCACCGCACGCAGCGGAGUCGCCGGUCCAAGGCAUGCAUCCCGCCGCUUCGGGAUAUCCUACCGCCUACGACAUGGCAAAUCCGGCGGCCUCCAUCUCUGCAACCGCGUCGUACGCAGCGCCCGCUCAGGUCGGCUCUUUGAAUGUUUGGCCUGCUCAAGCGCCUCAAUAUGGGCAGCACCUCGCCGACAUCAGCCAGGCAGGCCCAUCUGAUUCGUACGGGGCGGUCGCUCCGCCCUUUGACCUGCCACCGCACGUCGCUCAGCAGCAAGCACCAUACUUUGCGCCCGAUCCUAGCGCCACUUAUGGUGCGCCUCAGCCAGCCUAUCAGACCGAGCUCUUGCUCGACGGUCCUGAGGAUAGAUAUAUCACAUCGUACGAUCAGUAUGGCCGUCCCGUCCCCGAACUCGCAGCAAGGCGCGCGUCAGGCCAAUUUGGGGCAGCAGCAGCCUCGCAGCAGGAAUGGCGCCCAAGCGGGCCACCUCUCGAAACGGCGCUUGCCGGAAGUCACUAUGCAGGUCCUCAUGCCGAGCUCGCCGACAAUGCUGCUCCAGAUUCGGCCUUCUCGAACCCCUUCUACCGCAAUUCGAACGCUGGUCUGCUGCCGCCAAACGAAGACACCUUCGCAUCUCAGUACCACAGCAGCUUCGCGGAUGGAAUGUCGCGCGACGCCGAGCAGAGAUCUCACUUCGAAUCGACCCUGUCAGCCCACUUGCAUAUGCGCACGCCGACGUUGGCCAAGCGAGCACGCGCGAGCAGUCCACCACCCUCGCGUGGCGGCAUCCGCGCGUCGUUCGAUGCAGGCGCAGCACCGCUCCUUCCGCCGCCAGGAAGCUCGCACGGAAGGCCACCCAGCAGCGCGCAUGGCGGUCGACCCCUCACUUCGCAAAAUCGCCCAGUGCUGCCUCCUCUGUCGUCCAUCACGCCAAGCGUCAGUCGUCCAGGCACGUCUGCUGCGCUCAGUGCGAGCCGACCAGGCACGAUGUCCACGCAAAGGCUUGCAGCCUUCGACCAUCAACUUCACGACCGUCGACCGCUCACUUCCGGUUCAUCCAUGGCAGCAAGACGUCGCGGCUCACACCAGCCCAAUCUCGACGAUCUUCCGCCUCUUUCUGCGCAAUUGCCACCACUGGACGAACGUCGGGACUCCCGCCUCUCGACCGCCCGCCGAGGGUCAGCAUUCGACUUGCUUGGCUCACAGACCGAUCGGCCGAGGCUCGGCUCCUCCUAUGGUGCGCGAGAAGCGGAUCUGCCAACGAGGUUGCACACCGACAGCUCGGAGCGUCGCACGAGUCCCACCAACGCAUCUCCAUUCAUGUUUCAGCCCCCACCUCUGCCUCGCGAGAGCAAUGCUGGAUCUCUGCGACCUGGCGCGUACGGCUCGGAUUGGCGACGACCCAGCUCGAGCACGGCUCCAGAUGCGCACGUCAUCUCGCGCAGACUUGGCUCGAGCAAUGGCGCGGCGGUCUCGUUUGGCUUGCGCGAAGACGGCAGCAGCUCUCGACCUGGAUCGAGCAGCGGUGCCGGUCUCUUUGGACAAGGAUUGACGCUUCCGCCACUCAAAUCGUCCCAUGGCCUGAGCAGCCGACCUGGAUCGAGCUCCAUCACUGCGUUGCUGCAAGGAGACGGGGAGUUUGGCUCGGGUCGACGCAUGAGCGCUUGGUCUCGUCCGCUCACCUCGGGCGAUGCCCCCGCGCCCCGGUUCGGCGAAAACGGACACGGUCGAAUGUCGUCUUCUCGCGAGGGUGUUUCGAGCGACGUAGAGGAUCACGAUACCGAUCGCCGGCUCUCGCUGGUGCACGACCGCCGUGGUUCGACGAGAGAAGGUCUGACGCGAAGGCCGUCGACUUCGGCGGGUGCGAUGUCGACUCGUUUCGCACCCAGCUUUGGCGAUCGAAAGGGCUCAACGAGUCCGAAGGCCUCGCGUUAG